AGGAUCCAGAAAAACGCGAGACAAAGGAGAAAUUAUGUGAAAAUAAAGAAGAAAUAGAAGAAAAUCGUGAUGGAAGACAGGAAUUAUGUGAAAAGAAUAAUGAAAAAAAAAAGAAUAGAAAUGAAGAAGGCAAGAAGAAAAGUGUAAUUGACGAAGAAGAAAAUUUGGAAAGGAAUUUGAGAAUGAGGCAAGAGAUGAAAGAAAAAGAUAGAGAUAUUGAACGUUUGCAAUGGGAAAUUUGAAGACUAGGUGGAAAGAAGGAUGAAAAAAGGAGAAUAGAAAUGAAGAAGGCAAGAAGAAAUGUGAAAUUGACGAAGAAGAAAAUUCGGAAAGGAAUUUGAGAAUGAGGCAAGAGAUGCAAGAAAAAGAUAGAGAUAUUGAACGUUUGGAAUGGGAAAUUAGAAGAUUAUGUGAAAAGAAGGAUGAAAGGCAAGAGAAUACACAUAAAGAAGACGAGAAGAAAACAGAAAUUAAUGAAGGAAAGAAUACAGAACGAAAUUUCAGAAGGAGACAGAAGAUGAAAGAAAAUGAUAAAGAAAUUUCACGUUUGCAGUGGGAAAAUAGAAGAUUGAUAGAAAAAAACAAAGAACUUUAUGAAGAGCAAAAAAUAAGAUAUUCAGGAAGAUCGAGAAUAAAUAAUCAAAGAUACACAAACUUGCCAUAUUAUACAAAAAAAUUUAGACCUCCUGGACAAUUCCAAUCACGAAAUUCAUGUCAACAAUACAUACCAAAAAUAAAUUACGCACAACAAAGAGCAUGCACACAACCACCAACUUGUCAUACACACACUCAAUAUUCGCCAAAUUUUCAAUAUUCACAAAACACAAGAUGCACAGAGCAUUCACCAUAUUCUUCAUUACCAGAUCUUCAAAAAGAAAUCAAACCUAUUUUAUCUACGCAGGAGCAUUUGCAAUUGAUAUAUCGUGAUAGUGAAAAUGCCACUAAGAAUGAUGAUGAAGUUGGACAUUGGUGUUGUAUUCACUAUGUUAAUCAUAAAUUGCGAAUUUAUGACAGUCUAUAUAAUAAUCUUAAUGAACUUCAGAAUAUCUAUCUUUCUAUUCUUUUUCCACAUUGUCCAAAAAUUGUAUUUCCUUUUGUACAGAGGCAAAGUAAUGGUAUAGAUUGUGGGGUUUUUGCAAUUGCGUUUGCAACAUCUAUUAUGCUUGGAAAGGAUCCUUAUCUUACUGAUUGUUAUCAAAAUAAUGUUUGUUUGAAUGAUGAACAUCUUGAGCAAAAUAAAGUAUCAAUUUACACACAUGAAACAGUUAGAAGUAGCCUUCAUAACUCUUCAACAAAUAUAUUCUUAGAAAAAAUAAAAGCGACAACUAAUAUUAGAAAAGAUAUAAUUAUACGUAAAAUCGAUGUUCUUGAUGAAAAUAAUAAAGUAUUGAGAAUUGGAAAUAAUUGGAAAGUGAAAGGUGAUAUUCCGCGAUUGGCAUUAUGCAAUGGAUUGAUGUUUCCCAAUAUCCCUGAAGUAUUGAGUGUAUUAACUCCGUUGGAAGAAAGAUUAGUUUCUCCACGUCAUAUAUUUUUAAAAAUAGUGCGUAAGGGUCAAGGUAUUGGAUUUCAGCACGGUUUAACGGGUACAGUUAUAAAUGUCCCAGUUGAUGUUGAUACAAUGGUUAAUGCACUGCCAAGAAAUGUUAGCGAUCAUAAUGUUAUAACAAUAGAACUGAAAAGAAAAAUGUGUUACAAACAUGGUCGUAAAGAAGUAAUUUGUCCAGAAAAGGUGAGAGCAGCUGCUAAAUAUUUAACUAAUACAGAACUUUUUCGAGAACUUGAAAUAAUUUUUGAUGAUAGUUGGCAAUGUGAAGAAAAUAAUGAAGAAAGUUCCAUAUUAACACAAGUUGAAUGUACUUGUAAAGAAAAUAUUGAAUUUGAAGAAAUGCCAAUUAAUCCAUCAAAUGUGGAAACACUUCUUGAUAAGGAACAGGAUGUAGUUAUUACUAUGGCUCCUGGUGAAGGAAAAAGACCAAUUUAUCUUCUUAAUGAUCAAAAUUUAGAAGAACUUGCUUUCAUUAAAAUUCAUAGAGGUAAUAAACGAAACUUUUCUGUAAAACUAAGUCAUUCAGAAAUCAUAAAGUCAGAAAUAUCAAGAUUUGACCGUCGUGCAAUGCGUAUCGAUUAUCUUUUUACAGCUUUAAAAAAACAACAAAUGUCACAAAUUACAAGUAAUAUUAGCACCUGUUUAAGAAAAAAAUCUUUAAAAGGUGUGCCAAUUUUUGCAAGCAAUUUAUUGGACGAUAACUAUAUAGAAAGUUUAAUUCAACAUGAUGAUGGUUAUAAAGUUCUUAAAGGUAUUAGGAAUUCUCCAGCUCAUUGGGAGGGUGAAAAAAAGAAAGUUUUAGGAAUGGUUAGGCAAUUUGGUGUUCCAUCUUUAUUUGUAACUUUGUCAGCAGCAGAAACUAAAUGGCCUCAUUUAAUAAAGCAAUUAAUGAAAAUUGUAGAUGGUAUAGAUGUAACAUUAAAUGAAGCGGACGAUUUGUCAUAUGAAACGAAAGUUCGUCUUAUACAAUCUGAUCCUUUUACUUGUGUAACAUUUUUUGAAUGUCGUUUAAAAGAAUUAAGAAAAACAUGGAAUAGUCCUGUAGGUCCUUUCGGAGAGUACAAAAUUGAACAUUUUUAUUAUAGAAUAGAAUUUCAACAUAGAGGUUCUCCACACGCACAUAUAAUGUUGUGGUUAAAAGAUGCUCCAAUAUUUAAACCUGGUGAUGCAACUUCUGUAAAUGCGGUGACUCUAUUUGUUGAUAAAAUAAUCUCAUGCAGUAGUGAUGAAAUUAUAACUACACUUUCUAAUUUACAACAGCACGUGCAUACACAUACUUGUCGUAAAAAUUUUAAUAGGAAAUGUAGAUUUGGAAUUCCGUUCUUUCCAAUGGAUAAAACACGGUUACUGUUAGAACUUGAUGAUGAUAAUGAUAUAAUCAAAUAUAAAAGAUUAGGGAAAACUCUUAUAAAACAACUUGAGGAUAUUCCUCCUAGCAUAUGUACUUUUGAGGAAUAUCUGGCUUAUACACAAUUACAAUUAAACGAUUAUAUUCUAGCAGUACGUGCUACAUUAAAACGUCCUAAAAUUAUACUUAAACGUUCUCCAAUUGAUAUAUAUUUAAAUCCAUAUUCAAAAAAAAUUUUAGAGUUACAGCAAUCAAACAUGGACAUACAGUUUAUUUUAGAUCCUUUCGCGUGUUCAAUAUAUAUUGUGGACUAUAUUAAUAAAGCAGAUAGAGGAAUGUCGAAAUUAUUACGGUCUGCUGUUGAUGAGGCUAAACAAGGCAAUAAAGGAGUGAAGGAAGUAUUAAGAGUUGUUUCUAAUGCUUUUUUAAAUUCGUCAGAAAUUUCUGCCCAAGAGGCUGUAUAUUGUUUGGCCGGCUUACCGUUGUCACGAAGCAGUGAAACAGAAAUAUUUAUUAAUACUUCUCACCCUUCACAACGUGUACAUAUAUUAAAAGGACGUAAAUAUUUAGAAAAAUUGGAUUCUUUUUCUACUGAUAUAUUCGAAAAAAAUUUAAUAGAUCAUUACGCAAACCGACCAGUGGACGAUAGAUUUGAUGUUAUGUGUUUAGCUUAUUUUGCUGCUUAUUAUAUGUACGCGAAAACAAUUAAGGAUAAAAAAAAUAAUAUAAAAAAUGAAAAUAAUGAAAACUAUGAUGAAGCUAAUAUAGACAAUAUUGAAGAGAAUGUACAUAAAAGUUCUUGGAUUAAACUUUUAAAUAAUGAUGGAUAUGUACGUUACCGAAAAAAUCCAAGAGUUAUACGAUUUCGACGAUACAAUAAAGAAACUGAUCCAGAAAACUUUUAUAGAGAACAAUUGAUGUUAUACGUUCCAUGGCGUAAUGAAGAACUGGAGCUAUUAAAUAAUGAAAUUAAUAUUAAAGAUCGCUAUUACAGUUUUAAAGAUGUUAUAAGUAAAGAAAGCAGACAAUUUAACAAGCUUGGAGAUGCUGAGGAAUUUGAAAUAUUUUUAAAUUCGGUCAGAGAUGCUACAGCCAAACAAUCAGCUGAAGAAGAAGAUGAAGAAAAUAUUAAUAGUAACAAUCGACCAUUAGACGGAUUUGAAUACGAAAACGAAGAUGGCGAUGUUGAUCACGAAUUACAAUUUUCUGACGUUUUGCUUGAAUCUAGUGAAACCGAUGCAAACAUUGUUACGGCUCAGCCACCAGUAAUUAAUCAAGAAAAUGUUAACAGUUUGAUAAGAAUUCUUAAUUCUGAUCAAAGAGAUUUCAUUUUACAUGUUGCUAAUUAUUUUCAAAAUAAAACAGUAAACUCUCCACCAUUAUAUUUAUUUGUAAACGGUGGCGCUGGUGUAGGUAAAAGUUUGCUAAUAAAAACACUUUUUCAACAUCUCAUGGUAUAUUAUUUCAAUCGAAUACCUGGUUCAGAUCCUGAUGAACUUAAAAUAAUUUUAUCAGCAUAUACAGGAAAGGCUGCUUUUGGAAUUGGAGGACAAACAGUACAUAGUAUAUUUGGUCUUCCUAUAUCUCAAUGUGGAUAUACUAUGCCAGAAUUAUCACCUUCUACGUCCAAUACUCUUGCUUGUAAAUUAAAAUCUGUAAAUCUUAUUAUUUUAGAUGAAAUAUCUAUGUUGGGAAGCAAAACAUUAUAUCAAAUUAAUCGGAGAUUACAACAAAUAUUUCAUACUAAUGAACCAUUUGCUGGGAUAUCAAUAAUUGCAGUAGGGGAUUUUCAACAAUUACCACCAGUUGGUGAUAAUUGGGUUUUUCAACCCAAUACCAGAGCAAAUCCAAUGGCGGUAAUAGCUGGUAAUCCACUUUGGGAGCAAUUUAAGUUAUUUCAUAUGACACAAAUAAUGCGCCAGAAAGAUGAUUUAAGUUUUGCUACAGCUUUAAACAAUAUGGCUUCAGGAACGAUGUCUUCUACUGAUAUUAACCUUAUACAGAAUAGAUGUUUUACUAUUAAUUUGCUUCCCCCUGAGGCAGAAGGUGCUAUUCAUUUAUUCGCAAGUAAUAAAGAAGUAGACGAUUUUAAUAAUAAAAUUUUAUCUAAAAUGAAUACAGAUGGAGCAAAAAUUAAUGCCAUAGAUAUAGUUUCAGGGGCACCUAACUUUCAAGCAAAACGCAAGGCUUUGAAGUCAGUAAAAGAUCUAUCUAGAAUGCAAACUUAUGGGUUGCCAAAGUCUCUUAGUAUUAAAAUUGGAGCAAGAUUUAUGAUAACUGUAAAUAUUGAUACUUCAGAUGGGGUAGUUAACGGUACUAGUGGUAUAUUAAAAGCUAUAGAUUUUGGUAAACAUAAAAUCACAGAAGGAAUAACUAUUCAUAAAAGUCAAGGUGCUACCAUGGAUAAAGUUGUAGUUCAUGUUAAUCAAAAUGUUCGUAGAUCUAUGCUGUACGUAGCAUGUUCAAGAGCGAGAACAGCUUCAGGAUUAUUUAUUGUUAUAAAAAAUGGUAAAUUUCAAGCACCUUCUCCACCUCAAAAUGACAAUCCAGUUAUUGUGGAAAUGAAUAGACUUGAAUCUAGUAGUCCUCUAGUACCAUGUUACAGAUUCUUGAGAAAUGUUCCUAACGACAUAAUUCAAAUAAUAUUUCAUAAUGUGCAGUCUUUGUGCAAGCACGUCGAUGAUAUAGAUUCAGAUCCAAUUAUAAAAGCUUCUCAUGUUCUUUUCUUUGUAGAAACUUGGAGCUGUGAAUUACAUAAUUUUCAUUUAAAUGGAUUUUCAGAAAUGAUCAGAAUUAACGGACCAUCUGAAAAAAAUUCAAAUCCUGGAUGGGGUCCUGUGCAGGAUCCCGACCGGAUCCCGUGCAGGAAAUUGGGACAAGGUUCCUGUGCAGGUUCCGAUGCAGGAACCUUAGCUAUCAAAGGUUCCUGUAAAAGUUCCUGUACAGGAACACUUGCAGGAUCAUGUACAGGAAACUUUGUAAAGGUUCCUGCACAGGAACCUUUACAGUUUUGUAAACUGCAGUUUCCUGUACAUGAUCCUGCAAGUGUUCCUGUACAGGAACUUUUACAGGAACCUUUGAUAGCUAAGGUUCCUGCAUCGGAACCUGCACAGGAACCCUGUUCCAAUUUCCUGCACGGGAUCCGGUCGGGAUCCUGUGCAGGACGGGUACGGGAUCCGGUCGGGAACCUGCACAGGACCUGCAAAGGAUCCCGAGAGGAUCCUUUAAGGAUCCUGUACGGGGAUUUUAACCUGAGUUAA